CCUGAAGUUAAAACUUCUCAUGGAGGGACCCCCUGGCUCCAAGGCAGAGCCGGGAAGAGCUACCUGCCAGAAGCGGGACUCCUGUCUGGCUCCGGCCGGGAGAUAGAGAACUGAGCAAGAACCAUAUUGGCCAGACCUUUCACCCACUCCGGGUACAAACUCGGUUCCAAGCAGCUGACGUGGGUGCCCAGCGCCCUCUACGAGCCGCAGUGGCUGAGGGCUGAGGGUGGGGGCCGGAUGCUCAGUUUGGCUUGGGUGGGGGCGGAUUGACGGCCAGUGUGGGCUCCGCCGUCGGCGCACACUUUGCAGAUGGGAUCUCGGCCAGAAGCCCAGGAGCUGGGACUGUAGGGCCGGGCCUUCGGACUCCAAGGGAACCCCCACCCUCUCCUCUCCCCGGCUCUGGGGAGAGGGGGCAGCACAUCAUGGAAUCUAACCUGCAGGGGACCUUCUUGCUGAACAACACGCCGCUCGCCCAGUUCUCGGAGAUGAAGGCGCCUAUGUGCCAGUACUCGGUGCAGAAUUCCUUCUACAAGCUCAGCCCCCCAGGGCUGGGCACCCAGCUGGCUGCCGGGACCCCCCACGGGAUUACAGAUAUACUCAGCAGGCCAGUGGCAACUCCAAACAGCAGCCUCCUCUCAGGCUAUCCCCAUGUGGCUGGUUUUGGUGGACUCGGCUCCCAGGGGGUCUACUACGGUCCCCAAGUGGGGAAUUUUUCCAAGGCUGGGAAUGAGUAUCCAUCCAGGAGCAGGAACUGCUGGGGGGACCCUGGGCAGGAAUGGAGAGGACGACAGUGCAGUAACACCCCAGACCCUUUGAGUGACAGCAUCCACAAAAAAAAGCAUACCAGGCCCACUUUCACUGGACAUCAGAUCUUUGCCCUGGAGAAAACCUUUGAGCAGACCAAGUACUUGGCAGGGCCUGAGAGAGCACGCUUGGCUUACUCCCUGGGGAUGACAGAGUCCCAAGUGAAGGUGUGGUUCCAGAACCGAAGGACCAAAUGGCGGAAGAAGAGUGCCCUGGAGCCCUCAUCUUCCACCACGAGAUCUACCGGAGUAGGCAGCGGAGGUGGGGACCGAACAGCUUCGGAAAAUGAGGAUGAUGAAUACAACAAGCCCUUAGACCCAGACUCAGACGAUGAGAAGAUCCGACUGCUGCUGCGCAAGCACCGGGCUGCAUUCUCAGUCCUCAGCCUGGGGGCUCACAACGUAUGAGUCCACUUUGUAGCCACGCUCACAGUAUCCCCUACCCAGUGCCCAUCUUCCCCAUGAUUCUGUGUGAUGAGGUCUCCCUUCCCCAACAACCCCCCCAAAAAACCCAAACCCAACAACCUACCCCUUACCCUUUCACACCCACGCCUAUUCAGGCCCACACGUGCUUGCAAAGGACCUCCAUGAACUGUCUUCCCAAAAUACAUUCAUUUAUAAAUACAUCGCUCUUGUUUCAGCUGGAGAUGGACCUGAAAAUUCAAGCUUGAUAUUCCAUUAGGCCAGGCCAGAGAAAUAGGCAGAGCUUGAAUGCUGGUGAAAAGAGGGGGCUGGGGGAAACAGUCUGGUCCUUCUUGGCUUUAGACCAGUUGUGGUUCCAUCAUUUUCUCCUUCCUUUUUCCCCAUCCCACCCCCAGCCUCCAUUCUGUUGAAGGGAAAAGGUCAAGAUUCAUGGAAAUGGGUGAGUGUGAAUGAAGUUUGAUCCCUGAGGGGAGAAGGGCAAGAAAGAAAGACAGGAGCUCCAUCUAGCAAAGGGAGGAAGUAUGAAAACAAACCAAAUGAACCAUUGAAACUUUCCACAACCCCUUGAUUUGUUGGACAGGUCCCACAGGAGUGACGCCUUUUCCCUCUCUGUUUUAUAAGCAAGGAAGGGUGGCUGCCUAUUACAGUCAACAGAAACGGAAUAGGCUAUGAUCAUGGGGAAACAAACAUCUAUACUAUGUUCACCUUUGCCCUCCAUAGUCCCCCUUGAAGAGGAGACAAGCCUUUCUUCUAGUCUGUACCGCUGUUUUGCCCCAGUUUAUUUUGUCUCCCCUGCCAGAGAGAAUCUCCCAACCCAGGCAGUUGCUACUGGGAUUAAAGGAGAAAAGAAGCCUCAAAAGUGCUGCAAAGGGAUAUGGUUGAACCCUAUACUGCAUCCCAUGGAAUCUUUCCUCUUUCCCUCUUCCCCAGAAGGCACAUGUCUCCUGCCUGGGUCUGUCUAGCCAUCAGACUUCCCAUUUCUGCAGUGGGGGAGAAUUUAGGGUGAGGGCCCUGGUGGGUGGAAUGGGAGGGGUGCCUGGAAGAAACCUUGAGCAUAUGCCCAACUGGGACUUGUUCACCCCCCAUGGAUCUCUCUGACUUACAAAAUACUCCAGGAAAGAAGGCUAGGAGAGACCAGAGCUCUCCUAUGGUUGAGGCACCUCCUGCUGGGAAAUCCAAGUCUAUUCACAGAAAGAACAAGAAUAGAGCAGGAAAGGGAGACCCAGCCCCACAUUGGCACCUUCUGUCUUCCUUCAGGUUCUCCUAGGUGGGGAGAAUGGGGAAUAUAGCUUCGAGUAGAGGGCUGGUGCCUAUGGAUUCAGGACACUUCCUUUACUCAGUAUAGCCCCAAGAUCUAGAACCCAGAGAGUGGGAGACCACUGAAAACAAGGUAUCAAUUUCAUCUAAUAAUCUCAUGCCACAGCAGAGCAAAGGAGCUAGGGAAGAGAGGCACCAGCCUCUGGUGCCUCAUGGGGUGUGAGGGAGAUUAGGGCUGGGGCAGAAGCUGCCCUAAAAAAGGAGACAUUGCACUUACUGAUUUCCCAUGGCUCUGAAGAAAACUGAAUAAAAAUAAGUC